AUGGAUCUGAGGUUCAAACUGGCGUUAAUGUGUGGAUUUGUCAUCGUUGCAUCGCUUAAUGGAACUGCUGGACAUCUGAAUCAAAAUGUGACUGCAGCGGUCCAGACCCUGUUAACUCAAAAUGGCUUUGCAGGCACAGAAUGGGUGGGAAAAGCUGUAUUUACCCCUUAUUUGGGCACAACACCGGAAACUUGCACUUGUGAGAGGCUAAUGCUUCUGAGCAUGCUAAAUGUUUACAUGGACAUCUUUUCGGACAUGCUAAACAGCGCUAAGGGGACUGAAUCGAGCCUGAGGGAACUACAAGUAAGCGUGAAGAAUCUGAGAACACACAAAUACAAGAACGAGCAGGACGUGUUAAAGCAGCUUCAUAAAAUUAACUCUGUAGAGGUAAAAGACAGGACAGUUCAAGGAGGGGCACUAAACAACUUUCUCUCAGUGUUUGACAUGGCCUCUAGAGCUAAACACUUGAGAAAGGCUAGAACACUGUUCAAAGAUGUGAAGCAACGUUAA